UUUUUUUUUUUUUUUUUCCCAUUCCACCUCUUCCCAUUUUUCUUUUUCCUUAGUCCAAAGUCAAAGCCGCCUCCUUUUUACCCUCCUCCCUCAUCUCCAUCUCCCCCAAAUCCCCUUCUCUCUCUCUCUCUCUCUCCUCUCCAAUCCUCGCGUACAAAUGAGGAAAUUCUACGCUGUGCUCCAUCUCCUCCUCGUCCUCGUCCUCGUCCUCGUCUCGGCGGUGAGGGUGAGGUCGGGGGCGGGGGCAUCGGGGGCGGCGCCGCCGGGGGACGGGGAGGAGGACGACGUGCGGUGCCUGCGGGGGGUGCGGGACGCGCUGGGGCGGCGGCUGUCAGCGUGUGACUUCGCGAACGCGUCGACGGUGGGGUUCGUGUGCUNGGAGAACCGCGUGAUCGCGCUGUCGCUCCAGUCCAUGUCGCUGUCGGGCCCCGUCCCCUCCGCCCUGCAGUUCUGCCGCGCCGCCACCACCCUCGACCUCUCCUCCAACGCCCUCUCGGGGCCCAUCCCCCCCGACCUCUGCUCCUGGCUCCCCUACCUCGUCACCCUCGACCUCUCCUCCAACUCCCUCUCGGGGCCCAUCCCCACCGACCUCUCCGCCUGCCGCUUCCUCAACAGCCUCCGCCUCGCCUCCAACCGCCUCUCCGGCUCCGUCCCGGCCUCCCUCGCCCGCCUCGACCGCCUCAAGACUCUCGACCUCUCCGACAACUCCCUCUCCGGCCCCGUCCCCCCGGCCCUCGCCUCCGCAUUCGGCGCCUCCGCCUUCGCCGGCAACCCCGCCCUCUGCGUCGACUCCUCCCGCUGCGGCGCCGGCGGCCGCUCCCUCACCCGCACCAGCCUCAUCAUCAUCGUCGCCGCCGGCGUCUUCGGCGCCGCCGCCUCCCUCCUCCUCGCCUACGCCGUCUGGCGCUGGUGCUUCUCCCCCUCCAAAAAGUCCAGGAAGAGGGCCGGGGCCGGGGCCGGGGCCGGGGCGGCCGGGGAGGAGGACGGGCGGUGGUGGGCGGAGACGCUGCGGGCGUCGCACAACCGGCUGCUGCCGGUGUCGCUCUUCCAGAAGCCGAUCGUGAAGCUGAAGCUGGCGGAUCUGAUGGCCGCCACCGCCGACUUCCAUCCGGACCACAUCGUCGCCGCCGGCAGCUCCCGGGUCGGCACCUCCUACAAGGCCGUCCUCCGCGACGGCUCCGCGCUCACCGUGAAGCGCCUCCACUCCUGCCCGCUCCCCGAGAAGCCCUUCCGCGCCGAGAUGGGCCGCAUCGGCCAGCUCCGCCACCCCAACCUCGUCCCCCUCCUCGGCUUCUGCGUCGUCGAGGACGAGCGCCUCCUCGUCUACAAGCACAUGUCCGGCGGCGCCCUCCCGCCCCUCCUCCGCGCCCCGCCCCACGCCGCCCUCGACUGGCCCGCCAGGCUCCGCAUCGGCGUCGGCGCCGCCCGCGGCCUCGCCUGGCUCCACCACGGCUUCCAGAUCCCCUUCCUGCACCAGAACGUGAGCUCCGGCGCCGUCCUUCUCGACGACGACGGCGAGGCCCGGGUCACCGACUUCGGCCUCGCGCGCCUCGUCCGCGCGGCGCCGCCCCACGAAGCCGCCGCCAACACCUCCCCCUUCCUGAGCGGCGACUUCGGGGAGCUUGGCUACGUGGCGCCGGAGUACGCCACCAAUCCGAUCGCCACCACGAAGGGCGACGUCUACGCGUUCGGGGUCGUGCUGCUCGAGCUGGCCACGGGGCAGAAGCCCGCGCAAGUCAGCAGCGAGGCGGCGGGGGAAGACUUCAAGGGGAAUUUGGUCGACUGGAUCAACCAGCUGGCCGCUGCCGGCCGGUUGACCGAUGCUAUCGAUAAGUCCCUGCACGGGAAGGGCCACGACGAGGAGAUCGUGGAGUUCUUGAAGAUCGCGUGCGGGUGUAUUGUAGCCCGGCCCAAAGAGAGGUUUUCCAUGUAUCGGGUAUACCAGUCGCUGAAGGAUGUCGGAGACGGCUACGACUUCUCCGAGCAGUUCGAUGAGUUCCCGCUGGCUUACGGCAAGGAUGAUUCCGAUACCCAGUAGCUGCGGCUGGUACCGUCGGGCAGAGGCCUGUCGUCGGAUGCUCUCCAUGGAUACCUUAUCCCGUGCCUGCAUAUGUCGGUCACAUCAAGUGAUGGACCAUCUUGCUAAGUAGUCCGACGGUAUGGCUUUUCAUCUAUUUUGUAAGUGAUGGUAUAGCUUUGGUCGAUCCGUUCUUUUACUGUCGAAUGAUCAGUUAUUGGCUUGCGCUUUAGCUUUUUCAGUGCACGAAAUUUGUAAUGUUAAUAGAGGCGGCUCUUGGUAGGGGUAAUGGGCUCCCUCGUCGAUGUUGUACACGCUCUGUACUGUCAUUGCAACGGAAUUUAGUUUAGCUAUUUUCUCAAGGAGUCACCCCUGAAUUCGGCGAACCAUUUUGCGCUUACUUGCUCCACGGUUAUGGAACACUGCAGUACUCGGUGGUAGUGUAUUAUGUAUUUCCAUUGAUAUGCCGAAUCAUAGGAUAGGUUGCAAGAUCACUUUUUCAUUACAUCGAUUUCGUGUCUUUGUUUGCAUAAUAAUAUGGUAGAUAUGCGUUAAUGUCAUGAUUGGCAGCUUCUGUCUGAAAUAGGUGUUUGAUGCUAUUAACACAAGCAACUAAGGUCAGUUUGGCUUUUAUUUUUUUAUUUUUUUUUAUUUUUUUUAUAUUUACUCUGUGCUUUGGGUGAGUACUGAUGAAUGUGUUCUUGAUCACAUAUUAUUUCUUUGCUUCCGCCUCUUCAGGCUCGUUGUUAUGAAAUGACUUUGUAUUUCAUGCUCAUGUGCCCCUGCGGCAGUGAAAUUCAUGUUCAGUGCAA